AUGGCGAAAGACUACCAGGCCGUACCUCUUGACGAGGAACAGAGCCGGAGCAGCUCAGAGUCCACAAUAUACGAGAAGGACAGGCUAGCACUGAGGUUAGGAGACGACAAAUUCGGGCGAAAUGCCAGGACAAGAGCCUCGGACUUUCUAUCCAAGCACUGGCCUUGGAUAGGGCACGCAGUCCUGCUCACCUUAUCGAUGACCCUCUUCACGCUGUCCUUCUGCAACAGGACGGCGAGGCCAUCAGACCUCCAGGUCACACAACAAUUUUCGUCGUAUUCACCGGUGGCCCCCAUCGUGAAAUAUGACACAGUUCGAUUCAAUCUCACACCCAUGGUGGAGGGUCCUUUUGUCGGUUAUGGUCCCAAGGUCGAUGAGGCGUGGGACUCCAUAGCCAAUGACAUGGGCGACCAAAUGAUAUCAGAAGAGGAGCUGGACAGACUAGGACUGCCCAGGAACUCACUGAAGGUGACGGAUCCAAAGACCGGCAAGGAGGGCUACCGCGCUGCAGUCGAGGUGUUCCAUCAACUGCACUGCCUGAACCUGCUGAGGCAAUACGUCUACAAGGAGUAUUAUGUCAACAUUUACAGUGACAUCCAGGAAGAGGAGGACGGCCUCAAGGGCCACGUCGACCACUGCCUCGAGGCCAUCCGGAUCAAUCUGAUGUGCACCGGUGACAUCGGCAUAUUCACCUUCCGAGAGUACCCGGAGUACGGCUACGAGGAAGGUGACUUCUGGCCCGACUUCAGCACGCUGCACACGUGCCGGAACUUUGAUAGCAUCCAUAAGUGGGCCAUCGACAACACAGUGUCAUGGACCCAUGAUGUAUGA